CAUUCACCUGUCAGACGACGUCACAUAAAUUACCAGCCGUGUAGACUUCCUUUGGGAAAGUGACUUCUGUAGCCUCAGUUUACCUGGUCAACUUGGAGCGGCCUAAAAACUCUUCUACACUUGUGUUCACGGAACAAAUAGAUUUUGUUUGUUGGAUGCUCCUCUCUUCAAGUCUAACGGGAUAAUCGAUUUCAUGGAGUUUUAAUCGUGUGGUAAUAACCAGGAACAGUAACUCUAACAUCGAAAGAAAGAAAUGGCGAAAGAAACAAGUACUAGCUUUGGUUACGAACAAACUUUGCUGUAUGGUAAAUAUACCCAAGAACUAAGCUCAUUUGCUAAGUUUCAAGCUACACUCCCAAAACUACAGCCAGAAGAGUUGGAAGAUGAAGAAAAAUUGAAAAAGCCACAUAAGUUGGAUUUUAUAUGGAGAUAUUUAAAAAGAGCUGCUGAAAUUCGAGAUGCCAUUUUUCUUAAAAUUGGAGAAGAUUGGAUUUUUUUACUGCUUCUAGGAGUUCUAAAUGCCUUACUUAGUUUUGUAAUGGACUUUGUCAUAGAAAAGUGUCAAGAGGCUAAGUUCUGGCUGUAUGAUGAGCUCCAGUUUUCAGUAGGAUUACAGUAUUUAGCCUGGGUCUCAUAUUCUCUGCUGUUUAUCCUGUUUGCUGUUGGAUUUACUCACCUUGUAUCUCCUCAAGCAAUUGGUUCUGGAAUACCAGAAAUGAAGACAAUCUUAAGAGGAGUUGUUCUUAAAGAAUACCUGACAUUUAGAACAUUGAUAGCUAAAGUUGUUGGCCUUUGUUCAUCUUUGGGUAGUACAUUACCAUUCGGAAAGGAGGGUCCAUUUGUACACAUUGCCAGUAUAAUGGCCACACUGCUAAGUAAAGCCAUUGGGUCUUUUAGAGGCAUAUAUGAGAAUGAAUCCAGGCGCUCAGAAAUGUUGGCAGCUGCUUGUGCUGUUGGUGUUGCUGGAACAUUUGCCUCACCUAUAGGGGGUGUUUUAUUUAGCAUAGAGGUAACUGCAACCUAUUUUGCUGUUAGAAAUUAUUGGCGAGGAUUUUUCUCUGCUGUCUGUGGUGCCUUAAUGUUUAGACUAAUGGCUUACUGGUUUAAAAAUGAAGAAACAUUAACUGCAUUGUUCAAGACCUCUCUUAGGUCAGAGUUUCCCUUUGAUGCAUUUGAAUUAUUUGCCUUUGCUUCCAUUGGUGUUGCAUGUGGUUUUGGAGGUGCCUUGUUUAUUCUAGCCCACCGAAGUGUUAUCUUGUUUACAAGAAGACAUAAAAAACUCUCACGUUUUUUACAAAAAAACCGUUUUAUUUACCCAAGUGUUAUAACAUUUGUUAUAGCAUCUCUUACUUUCCCUCCUGGUCUAGGGCAGUUCUUUGCUGGAAAGCUAACAGGGAAAAUGGCAAUUAAAGAUCUGUUCAGUAACAUCACAUGGGCCACUGAUCAGGCAGAAAAUAUGGAUGAUGAAGAGGUUCUUAGCCACUGGAAAAAUCCCUUAACCAACAUCUAUGUGACUUUAGUUCUCCACAUCAUUAUGAAUUUUUCAAUGACUGUCAUGUCCAACACAUUACCAAUACCUGCUGGGGUGUUCGUUCCAGUUUUUACUAUAGGGGCAGCAUUUGGCCGUCUGGUUGGUGAGAGCAUGGCAGCCUGGUUCCCUGAUGGCAUCAAGUCUGGUGAGGUCAUUAGAAAAAUUGUUCCUGGUGGUUAUGCUGUUGUUGGUGCAGCUAGUCUAUCAGGAAGUGUGACCCGUACAAUAUCAACAGCAGUUAUUGUAUUUGAAGUUACAGGGCAGAUAAGUCAUGUUCUGCCUGCAGUUAUAUCUGUAUUGAUAGCUAAUGCUAUAGCCAACUUAUUCCAGCCUUCUUUUUAUGACAGCAUAAUUAAACUUAAAAAGUUGCCCUACUUGCCCGACAUUAUCUCUGCUAAAUCAAAUGCGUGGUUGCUGUAUGUGGAAGACUUCAUGGUCAAGGAUGUGAAGUUUAUUGCUUUUGAUGCCACAUAUAAUGAUCUACAAAGUCUCAUCUUAGAAACAAAACACAGAUCAUAUCCAUUAGUUGAUGCCAAAGAUUCAAUGAUCUUACUUGGUUCUAUUCAACGCUUUGAGUUAGAGCGAAUCCUUCUUAUCCGCCUGAGUCAGGAUCAAAAGAUUUUGUGGAGUUUUGACCACCGUGUUCAGCCUCCUCAGCCCAAACUUCCUAUUCCAACACUGACCAUAACCCCUGACAGUGAGGGAGGCGCCCCAGCAGGGGAUGGUCCAGAUAAAGGUGGGCCAGCAAGGAGGUUUCAGGUGACAAGAGUGGAGGAGGAGGAAGUGGGAGGGCAGGAAACAAACCAAGCCAGCAACAACAUACCACUACAGAUAUUGCAACCACCAAGAAUAGAUUAUCAUGGGACAAAAGACAGCCAAAACAACUACCACACAGUACAUGCCCCUCUGAGAUCUAUACUUAAAAAAUCUGCGUCGGGAUCAACACUUGAGAGGGCCCAUAGCACAGGAGAUCUGAGAGAGGAAAUGACAAACUUUUAUCGCAAACUACAAAAGCAGAGAAAAGAAAGUAUUCUAGAGGAUAGACCUUACACACUAGAUAAAGGGAGUUUGACAAGCCUGUACAAGAAAGUAAAACUAACAGGUGAACCAAAGCCCACAAAGAUCAGAAACUUGCCACUAGAAGAUCAAAUAGCAUGGGAACAAGAGCAACUUCAGCAAACUAUUGAUUGGGAGGGUGUGCAAAUUGAUCCUGCUCCAUUUCAACUGGUUGAGAGGACAUCAUUACAUAAGGUCCAUUCUCUAUUUUCAUUGCUUGGUUUGAGCCACGCCUUUGUGACAAAUACUGGUCGCCUAGUUGGGGUGGUAGGAUUAAAAGAGCUGAGGGUGGCUAUUCAAGGUCAGAUAGAAUUACAAGCUAAUGGCAAGACAAAAGUUGAUGACACUGCAGUUCGUGCCGAAAUUGAAGCAAGCGCAGAUGAAGAGCAAGCUCCAAUUGAUGAUGCUAAUCUUGAAGUUGUCAAGGAACCUACUGGAGCCUUAUACAGAAUACAUAGCCUUAAUGCCAGGAAUAGAGAAAAAGAUACUCAAGCCUAGUUAGACUGUUGUUCUUGAUCUGUUUUAAUGUUAGUCAUUUUUUCAUCUGGUCAUCCUAUUUUAUACUUGUUAGCAAUUUGAAAGAUUAUUAUCAAUAGUACAUGAAAAAGUCAUUUCAUUUACUAAAGUGUGGUUUCAAUUAUAUGUAAGUUAUUUUUCUAAUCUUGAAAAUUUACUGUAUUAACUAUUAAGGAAAAAGUAGUAUUAGCUUUAAUUAUAAUCUAAUGUUUUCAUCAAAUGAAGUGACCAAUAUGAUUUUUUAUUUCAAUAAUGUCAUUUCCGCAAGCAUUACAAUAUUAAUUGUACAGGAUAAUGUUUUAUUGGGUGCUAACUGUAAUCAGAAUGGUUUAUUAUAUAUACUCUGCUGAUAUUUAACAUUCCUGUAGUUUGAACUGUACAAUAUUGUUAAAAAUUUUCUUGGUUUUUUUUUUUGUGAUAUUAACAUAGUGCCUUAUGUUGUGCAUUUUAAUUGAUUGAUUUUUUAUGUUAAACUUAGCUUCAUCUUUUUUUUAUGGUGGCCUUUUGGUCACAACAACAUUUAGUAAGCAAAAGCUAAAGAAAAUAAUUUUUUUAUCAUGAUGAAAAACAUUUUGUUUUUAACUUUUUGCACUAGUCGAAUUGAAUAGAUCUGUGCUUUACAAACUCAUUUAUUACAAACCAAAUAGUCACAAUGUCAUUUGUUGGUUGAAUCAAUUAGAGAAAAAAUGCUCAUAAUCUGGAGAAAACUUUUUUUUCCUCAACUUAUAAAAUUUUAUAAUAUUAAAAACAAAUGUUGACUAUAAAAUAUACUCUUAUCAUAUUUUACAUUUGUUCUCUAGACCUAACUUAAACUGUUUGAAAACAAAACCAUUUAUUUUUGUUAAAAGGAAGUAACAUUACGAUACAUUGAAUCAUAGUUAUCUACAAGUUUUUCCACAAAUUUAAUGGCCAGUACUGACUCUGAUUGAGUGUUAAUUUUGUUAGUGUAUCUCUAGCCACUUGUGUUCAUGUCUUCCUAAUACAAUUCUUUGUUGCAAAUUUCUCCUCGAUUUCACCAUGAAAAACUGUUGUUGGAAUCUACUUAACUUCUGGUACUUAUUGUUACACCCAAGGCAUCUUUCUGCUUGUAUUGCCCCCCUUAUCAGUGAUAAUGGCAGUUAAAAAAUCUUGGUUUUUUACUGUAAUGUCCUGACUGCAUUAUUACUAGAACCAAAUUUUUGUAUUACUUCCAUACAAACGUGUUGUCAAAACAAAACUAAUGUUGUGUUAGAACAUUCCGCUUGGAUGGAUAUGUAUAUUUAUCUUGUUUUUGUAUUGGUUUAUACCACUUGACUCUACCUUGGGACUUCUGUAUCAAAAAGGCUGAAAUUUGUGCCGUGUUGGGGAUUAAGGUGAUUAAUCCACAAAACUUUCUUCUAGUCAUACUAGGUAGAGUGUAAUAAAACCCUUAAAUUAUCCUACUGUUUAUUUUAUGAAAGCUCUAAAUAUGUUUUCUAAUGUGUGUACAAUCAUUUUAUAUAAGGGUAUACAACAUUGAUCAUGUACAUACUUGUUUUGACAUAUGCAACAAUACAAAGUUUGUUUUAUUUGAAGCUUUAAAUACAAUUGUAGCUUGAAUGAUAAACAUUUUCAUUGUUACACAAACCAAAAUGUAUUAUUUUAUUAUACAGAAGCAAUGACUGAAAAAUCAUUUUUAUGUUCUAUUUCUAAAACAUUUAUAGAUUUUUCUCUUUUCGUUACUAUUAACUAGAUUUUUAAAACAUAAUUUUAAUAUUUUUCACAAGAACAUGUGUUGUAUUUGAUACUCUGUGUUGAUUAAUUGCCCUGGUAGAUUAUUGUAGGAUGUCACAGUAGUAAGGGCAAGGUUAAAAUAGUAGCAGCACCAGUAGAUUCUCAACUGCUACUCUUUGAAUGUUUCAUACAUGUUGAAUUACUAAUGAACUGCAUGUAUAUUUGCACAUGUUUUAAUUCCAUGAAUAUCUCUGAGAUUUUGUUCAUGUAUGUGUUCAGGUUACUGCCCUGGUCUCAGCGCAGCCACAAAUUUAAUGUUCUACCGUUGAUCCAUUUCUUCCAUAUUGUCACAGAAAAAAUCUAAGCAUCCUAAAUUGAAAUAUUACUCAGACAUUGGCUGGAUUUAUUUUUCUUUGUAUUCAAAGAUUCAUAAUCACUUUUUUUUUACUAAAAGGAAUGUAAGAUUAAUUAGUAAGAUGGAUUGUGGGUGACGGUGUAUUUAUCUUACUGUAUCUAUUGUUACAGAAAUUUUAUGAGAACAUGAGCAUUUAGGAUUGUGUAAGUAUGUAAAUAUGUCUCUUCUUUUAAUCAUAAUGUUUUGUUACAUUUUUGGAUGAGAUGACUGGUAAAUGUUUUAAAAGGAAAUAUUACAGGGAGUAUUUUUAGUUGAGUAAUAUUCUUCCUAUUUUGACUAAUGAAAUGCCCAUGUAAAAUGAUAUAAUUCGAACUAUGGUUAUGGGGUCAUCAAUAAAUGAUGUCCUA